AAUUCCAUAUGUGGAUCCAAAAAAACUUUUAGAUUUAAAGUUUAAGUAUGAAAAAGCUUCAGAUAUUUAUAGUUAUGGUAUAUUAAUGUGGAAAAUCUCUAGCGGUGUUCCUCCAUUUAAGGAAUUAAUUAGUAAAGGUGAUUUAGUAUUGCUUCGUCUAUCUAUUAUUGAUGGAUAUCGUGAAAAUUUUAUAGAAGAGACCUCUGAAGAUUAUAAGAAGCUUUAUGAAAAAUGUUGGAAUUCUAUACCUGAAAAUCGGCCUAGUAUUAAAAAAGUUUUAAAAGAGUUUAAAAAAAUGGGAAUAUCAGUAAUAGUACUAGGACGAACAUUAUAUUCUAAUGCUAGCUCAGUAUUUUUAG